UCAAAUGAAUCACCAACAAAAAUGCUCAGCGAUCAAGGUCAUGUUUCAACAAACCAUAAAUGAAAUUACAUCUCAACUUUAUUUAUAGGAGGAAUGAGCAACCAAGGUUGACUUGACGGUUGCAUAACAUCCCCCACCACAGCUUAGAGUAUUUGUUCUUUUAAGAUCGAGAUGUUGGACGUGAAUACUGUUAGAGGUCCCUCCUACCUCAAAUGAAACCCGCAUCCAGGAGUUAAGUUUUUGUUGUGCUUGCUUAUCCUACUUUCCUGUUCGAACCUCCUCCCUCCCGGAGCUACGGCCCUGAGAUCGUAGUGUCAUAACUGAACUAGUUAGUGUCCACGUACCAAAUGCACUGACAUCUAAAAGUUACGCAGAUUAGGUUAUAAAUAGUUAUUUUGCCACCAGACUUUGACAUAUUGAGUUACUGUAUAUGGUUUUGAAUACAUCUGGGCAAAGCCAAUAUUUAGAAGCCUGGGAGGGGAGGGGAGGAGGGGAUGAUGGUCAAUUGCGGCUAAACGAUAAUUUAUCAGUUGGGCCUGAACACAAAUUAAGUAUCAUGGGACUUUCUUGGCAACCUUAAUUGAGAGGAGCGGAAAUUUACGUUGCCUUUUAGCGUCCAAUUGUCAGUCGUCUUUGAAGAGAUAUCGUCCUCAUGCCACGUCUAGAUUUGCAUCCGUAGGAGAUUUACAGCACAAUUUCUGACAGAUAUCCCCCUCCUUUCCAAUGAGAAGUCCACCUUCGGGAACGUUCCAUCUGCAAACGAAACUGACGAAAGUCAUGAAAAGCUUACAGAAACACAACAAGGAAGGGCCUCUGAGGAAAGACAUGAAGCGUUCACAGAAGCCAAAGAAGAAGAGGAUGAGUGCGUCAGCGCUGGGAGCGAAGAUGUUCCAAGCAAUCCGCGAAGGGGACGUAGACGCGCUUAAGGAACUUCUGGAAGAACAGCCUGCCCAACUAAACGACGUCAAAACGGAAGAAGGUGACUUUGCACUUCACGUAGCAACCCGGUUAAAGAACACUGAAAUAGUCGAACUUCUCAUGGAACAUGGAGCAAGCGCCAACAUUCAAAAUGAUGGAGGUCAGACCCCUCUUCAUAUCGCCGUAUCCAACGAAGAUGAGGCAAUGGUUAACUUUCUCAUCAGUCGUAGUGCUAAAACUGAUAUUGCCGACAGUGAAUUACUAACUGCGACUGAUCUGGCAUCGCGUCUCGAGAACACAGAAAUUAGCGAAAAGCUCCGAGAAAGAGUGCCAACACCUAUAACCCCAAACACACCCAACACACCUAGACAACGACGAGCAUUAUCGAAUGUGUAUGACUCAGUACUCCUUGCGAUCACGACUGGAAAUGUGGAAGACUUGAAGGAAUUUCUUGAUGAUGGAUAUUUGGACGAAGAUCUCCUCGAAACUAAAUCGGAGAAUGGCGAAACACCCCUACAUAUUGCCAUUAAACUGAAAAGCGUCGAAAUUUGCAAAAUAUUGGUACAAGGAGGAGCUAAAACUGAAACUAAAGCGGUAAGAGAUGGCAGUACCUUACUUCAUCAGACGUGCAUGGCGGGUCAGUUGGACGCCUCCAAUGCCUUGAUAAAGAAAGGUGUCCUUGUACACAUGCCUAAUAAGAGUGGUAGCUUAUGUAUUCACGAGGCGGCGAAGAAGGGUCACCUAGGUUUGGUUAGAAUGUUGAUCGAAAGAGGAGUUCCCGUAAACUUCCAGAAUAAGCGUAAAUACACUCCACUUCAUCUGGCUGCUCUUAGUAAGAAACAUCAAGUUGUGCAACUGCUGAUUGGACACGGGGCGGAAGUCACAGCUAUCGGUGGUUUGGCGAAAGAAACUCCACUACAUAUGGCUGCCAAAGUUAAGGGAGGAGAAAAAGUUGUGGACGUUUUGAUCAAAAGUGGAGCUGACCCAGACACUGCAAAGGACAAUGGUGAGAGAGCUCUUCAUUUAGCUGCCAGGUGUGGAAAUUUGGAAGUAGUAAAUAUCCUCUUGCGAGAAAAUACUGAGGUGGCCCGCAGGAGCAAGUCAGGAGAUACCCCACUUCACUUUGCCUGUCAAAAUGGACACUUUCAAAUAGUGGAGGCUCUGAUCAAGCAACUUUUCAAGGACAAGACCUACCUUCUCGCUCGUUUGAUUGUCAACAUACCAAAUAAUCUUGGAGUGACCGCCCUUCAUUCGGUGGCUGGUAUUCCUCAAGGAACAGCGGGUACAGAAGAUCUUGUUAAUACUGUGGAGAUUCUUCUUAAUCAUGGUGCAGACCUGACUUUUUCAACGUACCAGAAAGGAGAGACACCCCUUCACUGGUGCGCACGGUCAGGAAACUAUCAAAUGAUUGAGAAAAUCUUUACUUUCCCAAAGGUUCCAGAGUACAUUAGACUGAGUAUCAUCAACAAGACAACUGCGAGCGGAGCGUCCCCACUGAUGAUCGCCUCGCAGUAUGGCAUGCUAGAAGUGGUGCAAGCUCUUUUGCGUUUUCACGCCAGAGUGGAUGUUUUUGACGAGGCAGGCGGCACAGCUCUGCACUACGCUGCAUCCAGAGGACAUGUGGAGGUUGCACGUGAACUGUUAAAUAGCAAAGCUUAUGUGAACGGCAGAACCAAGCCAAAUGUCCGUUAUUCAAGCGAUAAAACACGCAAAGACAACAAAGAAGAUUUGCCUAUCGGUACGACUCCUCUUCACAUGGCAGCCGAGAUGGGUCACCCAGAAUUUGUUCGGGUGCUUAUUACCAAGUAUAAUGCCAUUACCGACCCACUGACUGUGGACAAAAAGAGUCCCCUUCAUUUAGCAGCUGAGUAUGGCAGGCUUGAAGUGUGCAAGGUUCUACUGGAUCUACGGGCGGAUGCUAAUGUGGCAGACAGUAAAGACAUGAUUCCUGUACAUUACGCUGCCCUUAAUGACAGGGAAGAAGUCGUCGAAUUAUUUUUUAACCUGAGACCCGACACCAUGACACAAGUUAACGCGGAGGGACUAAACGCGUUACACAUCGCCUCCUCAAAUGGAAGUAUUCAAGUUGUAAGGAAAUUGGUGAAGCUUGACUUUGCCAAAUGUUCAUCUGACAAGGGCGUCUUAUGCAAACCUCUGCUGUUGGCUGCUCGUGGAGGCCAUAAAGACAUUGUGGAAUUCUUGCUUCAAAAUGGAGCCUCGCCGACCGAAGAAGACACGGAAGGCAAUAGCGUUCUGCAUUUAGCCGCCAAGUUUGGUCAAGUCAAAGUUAUUGAUAUGCUAUGGGGAAAAACACCACUUAACCGAACCAGUGUUAAGAAUGGCAUGACAGCCAUUCACGUUGCUGCCUUAUAUGGUCAGACGGAAGUUGUGCAAGAGUUUCUCACCAGAGCCCCUUAUUCAGCCACGUUAGUCAGUGAACGCCCAGUUCUAGCUGACGGUGAAGACGAAGACGAUGACUAUGGUUUUACUUCUCUUCAUCUUGCCGCUCAAAAUGGCGACAACACCCUGGUACGGGCCAUCACCAACCAUCCUGGUGUGCGAGUGGAUUCUGUCACCGUUAAAGCGGGUCGCACAGCACUUCAUAUAGCAUCCAUGGAAGGUCACAUUGAAGUAGCCAGCACGUUGAUUAGCAAAGCCUCUGUUUUACUUCAGCUUAUGGACAACGACGGUCGGACAUCUUUACACCUCGCUUCCGCUAAUGGCCACAGGGAGCUGCUCACGAUUCUGAUUGGUCAGGGAGCUGACAUUGACGCCCAAGACAAUAUGGGUAAUACGGCUCUGCACAUUGCGUCUGAAGCUGGCUAUAAUGCGGUUGUUAAGCUUUUGGUGGAGUAUGGAGCUUCGCCACUGAUUGAAAACAAGACUGAAGAUUUGCCUAUUUGUCUAGCAGCGAGAGAACGACAUAUUGAAGUGCUGGAUUUCCUUCUUAGUCAAAGACUAAAUCAUGAACGACUGAUAAGCAACAAAAAGUUUUUGCUGGACCUUGUAAUUUGUUCUCGUUCGUCCAAUUACAAAUCUUUGAUGACCUUUACACUCAGUGCACCAGCCCCUGUGCACAUUUCAUCGUUCCUGUCGCGUCACUACCGUAUUGAAACUACGAAAAACAAAGAACACGCAAACGAGCUGGAAUUGGCCAGCGGUUUCUGCGAAACCGUGGCAAAAGACCUCAUCAGCAUCUCGUGUGCCGAGGAUUCUGGAGCAGUGCUCAAUUCCAUUGAUGGUAAAAACGUGGCGUUCCUCGAUUUCCUGAUCGAAUGCGAGCUGAAACAAUGUGUUUCGCAUCCUUUGGUUCAACAGUAUGUCACCCAGAUCUGGUUCGGUGACCUCAGGUGGGAGGACUGGAAGUUCAUGGUUUUGUUCCUUGUGGCAUUCUUUUUUCCACCCAUUUGGGUGUACCUCUCACUUCCAUUCAAGAACAGGCACCGCCAAAUCCCCAUCAUCAAGUUCAUCUGCCGGCUCAUCUCUCACCUCUAUCUUAUCCUUCUUCUCUGUCUGACGGUGGUAGUGCCUUGGAACCACGACGGCAGCGACCUCUUACCUCACUGGUUCGAAUACCUGCUAUUUAUGUGGAUCAUCGGCAUGCUUCUCACUGAGAUUAGCAGCGAACGGGAACGAAGUGGGCUGGGAUGGGUCCCUACCCUUGUGGUCUUCUUGGUACUAUUUGGCGAGCUGCUACGAAUGAUUGCGAUUGGUUACGGUGGUGAAAAGAGAAUUGGCAUUGUGUUCGUGCGGAACCAAUUUCUAGGCACGGCCCUAAUGCUGAGUGGUCUGCAACUUCUUCAGUUCUUGUCUAUUCACCGGUUAUUCGGUCCUUGGGGUGUCAUCAUCGGUCAUCUAGUUGUGGAUGUCCUUCGUUUUCUACUCAUCUUGACAAUAUUCUUCUCCAGCUUCGCGUUGCAGCUCGCAGCAGUGUUUAAGCCACUGGAAUUGAAGGCUGCGAACGACACGGACCCCAGUGUGAUCUCAGCAAAAACCUCAGUUUCCUUCCUGAAAAUCGUGGAACUCCUCUUCUUUGGUAUCUUUGGACUAACAAAUCAAAAGGACUUUGCAUCUGACGACAUCCGAGCAAAAGACAUGUCUAAAGUGGUGUUCGGACUCUACAAUGUGCUUGUCAUCAUUGUCCUUAUCAACCUUCUGAUCGCCAUGAUGAGCGACACCUACCAACGGUUGCAAGUCGAGUCGGAUGUUGCGUGGAAGUUCGGACGAGCCAGGCUUAUCAGAAACAUGGAACGCGAGACCUCCAACCCAACGCCGAUAAACCUCUUCUCGAAGUUGGUCCAUGUCUUCAAGAUGCUGUACAGGUCUCGCUGCAGGUGUCGAGUGCAAGAGAUAGCUGUGCAACAGGAAGACAACAAUGGCCUAGGUGACAUUGUGAGACGGCGGCGAGUGAGCAUCAUGCGUGGAGAUGAGUCCAUGGAUGAAGAUGCUUAUCAAGAGUGGAGUCUAAUCCAAUCUGUUGUCGACUGGGACAAUGUCGUUGAAAAGUUUCUGGAUUCCAGGGGAGAGAAAAGCGUGAGACGUAAGCACAGGCGGACACGAAGAGAUCGGAGACGAACCACGCAACUCACCAAGUCGACAGAUUUGUCUGGAGCCGCAGAUGAAGCUCGGGUAGAUAAGACUCAUAAUCGCGUCGUGGAUGACACGGCAGUCAGAAUGAACGUUCUUAAUUCCUUAAAAUUGUAACUAACGCAGUACGUAAUGUAUUUCUAAAAGGAAAUUCAGGUUCAUGAUCAGGCAAAGGUUCUCAGCCUUGAUUUGUCCAUUCAUACACUUGUUGUAUGUGAUAAGAUUAUUUGCAUUAGCCCCAUUGUUCACUUUUCUUUCCACGUUUUGCUUCUAAACCUCCUUUGGACAACUUGUCGAGUUUCGUGUUUUGAAUUGUGGUUAUCAAGACAUACGUUUUCAAUACGCCAUUCAAGAGUAUCUCUUGCAUUUACAGUUUAGAAAAAUUUACUAAUUAUUUCCAAGAAAACUUCUAGUGGUUUGGUAAAAGCGAUUUACACCGCACAAUGUUUGGUUGAGGAAUCGGUGUGAAACGCACCCUUGUGGUUUUUCUACUGAUAUACUGUUCUUAAAAAAAAACACAGUAGACAUUACAGCCAUGAAGAAAACCAUGGUUCAAGAACUGUCAUUGAACACGAUCAAGUUUCAGUUUCGUAAACAAAUAUUGCAGAUUUAUUUUAAACCUAUGAAGCUAAAGGCUUAUUUAUUUAUAGAUGUAAAUGUACGAGUUGUUAAAAGCCUGAUGAAGCGCCAAAUUUGAAUAUGUGAUGUGAUGCGCAAAAGUACUUUUCGUCCAUCUUACGUUUAAAAACUAAGUUAUAAUGAAUUAUUUAAAAAAAGGAAACCAUCG